CAAUACCUUACACUUCACGCUCGUCGCCAGUGCCCAACCGCCAGCACCGUACACACAUACGACUACGACAAGCAACUCAACUCUAAAUGGAAGGCUGGUCGAAACUCCAAUCAAGCUUGGGCAGCAUCAACUUUGCUCAAGCUGGCAACAAGUUCAGCAAGGGCUUCAACUCGAGCGUCCAGGCCACCCGUGAGCGUCUAGGACAAAUUGCCCCUGACGAGAUUACGGAGCUCCCUCAGGAGUACAAGGACCUCGAAGCCCGUGUCGACGCUCUGCGUGCAGCACACCUCUCCUUACUCAAGAUAACAAAAGUCUACGAAUCCGAGACUUACGACUACCCCACCCAAAUCCAAGAAUCCCUCUCCGAAAUCUCCUCUUCAAUCGGGUACAACAUCACCUCAUUCGCAGCUACCAACCUCAAAGGCACCAACCUCCCCGUCCCAGCACCGCCCACCGCCCCACCCGCAGCACCGCACAAAACGCUCCCGCACGCUUUGGUGCGUGCUGCGCAUACAGCUGCCACCGCCGUGUCGACCACUGCCCCGUCGGCUGAGACGGACCGUUUGGGAAAGGCGCUGGGCUUGUAUGCGCAGGGAUGGGAGAGGGUAGCGGGUGCACGGCUUGAUCAGGACACGCAUAUCGCGGACAACUUUUUGCAUCCGUGGCAGACGACGUUGAAUACGAGUAUUGCGGUUGCUUUGAAGGCUAGGCAGGCGGUUAGGUUGAGUAGGCUUGAGUUGGACGCUGCGAAGCAGUCGCUUAAGAACGCUAACCCUGUCAAGCAGGAGCAGGCAAGGCUUGAGGUUGAGAAUGCUGAAGAUGACCUCGUGCAGAAGACCGAGGUGGCGAUUACGCUCAUGAAGACGGUUUUAGAGAAUCCUGAGCCUAUCAAGAACCUCAACGAGUUAAUCAAGGCACAACUCUUAUACUUCUCCGCUGCAGCCGAAGCUUUGUCCUCUAUCCAAGGCGAGAUUGAGGAACUCAGCGUAGCAGCUGAGGGCGAAUACAGGAAGUCCCGCGAUCACUGAAGUCCCGCUCAACUAGGCCCGCGUUGAAUGCUUGUAGAGAAGAGUAUACGAUGUUAUUGAAUCAAUCCUUCCCAUCCAUGCUUAGCCCCCCACCCCGUACGUAUAUGUAUUGGACAUCGAACUGCCCCCUUUUCUCGUUUACUUAUCUGGUUUCGAUUCUCUUGCUACGUAUUCGCAUGCAAUAUACGGUUGCCUUUUUCGU